CAAAGCACAUCCGAAGAAAAAAGUUGUGUAAAGUGAAAAAGUGAUUAAAUUUGUAAAAUUCGUAUCUGAAACUGUGCCGAAUUCGUUCUCCGUGCGGACCAACUUUCACUUCAUUAUCGAUUUGGAUAGUGAGAGAAAAAGGUGGAAAGUAACAAAAAUGUCUGGAAUCUGUGGAGAAGCAUUCGUCGUCCUUGCUCCAUUUAUUGAGGCAGGCAAGACGAUCAUUUAUGGGCGGAACGGCCUUCGCCUGCCAGCUGAUGACUCUGCAGUUAGUGAAGUGCACCAUUACGCAGCAUCCGAGGGCAGCGGAUCAGAGAAAUGCGAUUCAGCUGAGAUUGAUGGGGUUGCAGCGUUUUCUGUGAUUUUGAGCAAACCAGCUGGAGUUUGGGGAGCCGAGAGUGGAUCCAACGAGAAAGGAGUUUGCUUGGGACUUACCUUCAGCGAGGGUCAUCCGGUCGAUGGUAAACUCAACGCGACGGAUCUGGUAAGAUUGGGCCUGGAACGUGCUGCAAGCGCAUCCGAUGCCGUCGACGUCCUAGUAUCGUUAAAUGAUCAGCACGGUCCCGCUGGUGAAACCAAAGAUGCACCCAAGGCAGCAUAUGUGAUUUGUGAUCCGAACGAAGCGUGGAUACUGAACGUUGUAGGAUGCUUCUGGGCUGCACAGAAGGUCUCCUCCGGUAGUUUAGCUCUUAAACCAGGACUUUCGGUAGGAACCCAAAUCGAUCGAUGUUCCGAGGAUCUGCAAUCGAAACUGCAGGCGGCUGGUGUGUGGGAUGGAGUGGGAGAAUUAAACUUUGCUUCGGUCUUUGGUUCCGAUGGUUCCCGAUCGUGGCCAGGCAGUGAACCUGCCGGGGAAGGAUCCUUUACCGUGGCUCAAAUGUUCGAAUCGUUAAGAGUCGCCGGAAUCGAACAGAAAUCGCUUUCUAGCCAUGUGUCGGUAUUGUUAAGUAGCGGCCUCUCCUGCCACUGGUUCACUGCAACACCCAAUCCAGUGGAAUCGGUAUACAAACCAUUUAUCUUUACUCCGGGUGCAAAGAUUUCACCAUUGACCAAAAUUCCUGCAGGGGAAAGCCAAACAUUGCUCCAUAAACUGCAUAAUAAUCGAAAGUGGGAACAUGUCGGCGAUUUGUUGACGUCGCUUGAAAGCACAUGCGUUGAUGAAGUAAACCGUUUCAUUAGUGAGCAUUCCAGUGAACCUAACCAAGAGCUGGAUGAAUUGAUGAAAGAUUGCGUCGAGGCUGAGGUAAAGUUCUACCGUUAAAUAUCAUCACAGGCUACCGUUUAGCAAACAGUAACCUAUUAAACAGCGAGCAAAGCGCUAUCUGAUAGCACACUAACCGUACUUUUACGACAUUCCUUAACGAAUAAGACUUGCUUGAUUAUGAUUUCGUACCAAAAGUUAUAGAGGGAAAGAACAUAGGUUUACGAGGGCCACUAGAAUCGCUGAUCAGUAUAUGUAGACAAACGGGCAACUGUAAUCCGUGAGAUAUUAUUACCGAUAGCUUAGAUAUAUCGACACAAUUACGCUACAGUUAGUAUUUUUAUACAUUUUUGAGCAAGUAUUGCUGUGUUAUCCGAUAUGUAUGGCAUUUUUUGAGAGUGUGCUUUGUGUUGAACUUCUGUUUAUCAAGGUCUAAUUUGUUACUACUGGUUAUUACAUUGUAUAACUCGUAUGUAACCGUACCGCAAAGUGAUUUCAAAACUAUGAUUUCAGUUUUCGUACAGUUUUUGUUUUCAACGGCGUGAGAUCUCAAUUGUGUAUUCUAUUUACCUAUAUCUCUUCUUAUUUAUUGACCACUCGUUUAACUCGUAUAGCGAAAAACUAUUUUAUACUUAGUCGUUGUUUGAAUUUCGUGUAGCGUAGCAUGAAGGCUUUAUUUUACAAUUAAAAUUUUACAAUUAAAGCAAACAAUUUACAACAAUACGUGCUCUGAACAACAAUAUUGCAUCUAAAAUAUAAUACAUGAAGUGUAUCCAUUCUCUCUAUUUGAAAAAUGAUUACUAGGAGUAUUCUAUCGAUGCAUGCGAAACAAUAAAAUUGAAUAACAAAAA